CAAUCAUACAAACUUAACUUCAGAAAAACGAGUGGUAGUACAUGGAUUAAAGGAAACAUAUUUUUUAAAAUGUGUUUAUUGCACAAAAUACUACAUCUGUUGGUAUUGGCAGUUUGUACAACUAAAGGUUUUGCGUGCACCAAUAUAAAGAAACUUCAUCAAAUAAAUGAGCGAUGGUUUAAUAACUCGUUUAAUGGCGCAUCUCCAGUCAAUGACUUCAGUCUUUCGACCGGUUGGUACAGCACUUUAUACAAUGGACGAACGUACCGACUGGCGGACAAUACUAUUCAAUGGGAUUUUGGAAUGUGUGGAACGUUUUUCCCAAUUUAUUUACAAGAUAAACAUCCCGACAUUUCCCAUCUAAAUAACACGGAAGUCUCUGCUAUUGUAUGCGUAUUUGAUGGAACUGCUUCAUGCGAAGGGAAAGCUGUGGUCAAAAUCAGGAUGUGUUCAGGAAACGAUUUGCAAUACUACCUUGGGGCGACAUCGUCAUAUUCGGCAUACUGUCUGGAUGAUACUGGAAUUCCAUACAAUUCUUCGGCCGUCCAACCUCCAAACGUCUCGAUAACCAAUGUAUCAAUUGUAGUCUGGCUAGAUCAUAACAUAAAAAAGAUCAAUUUCGUCGAUUUUUAUACUCCUGAAACGAAAUUUCGAUGUGUUUUUAGUCUUCGAGAGAACCUUUACUAUGCGGUAGAUUGGUUUGUGGACGGUAGUCUUCUGCUGUCGGUUAAUUCAACCAAUGACACUUCAUCAUUCAUUCUGACAGAAGAAACACUUAUGAACAAAACGGUCAAGCUUCCGUUUGAUCUGAGAUGUUCAGUCCGUGUGUCUGUUCUCCCAGAGAGUCUUAAAUCGGACGCUGUAUAUAGCAAUGUCUUCUUUGCAGGGGCCAAGAUUGACAACCAAACGGUUUUUCUUCCAAAACAGGGACAAACUGAAAUCAGGGUUAAAACAACAAUUCCCAUAGGAUGCCGUUACUCUAGCGGAAUGGAUGUUAAAACAGCUUGCGUUUUAAAUCUUAAGAUUACAAAUGCAAACAGAACCGAGAAGAAUUGCGUACAGGUAGUGAACCUGAAAGAUGAUUUCUCCACAGAGAAAUCGUGUACAAAACCUAUGUCGACACUUCCUAGGAAUAGCACUUUCAACCCAGACAUCGUGCAUUCAUUUCCGAUUGCAACGGUGGAUGAAAAUUACGACGAUAAGACUGGACUUUUCCAACUAGACAUACGGUUUGAACAAAUAACAGGCUGGUGGGGCAAUUACCAGCUCCCAUCCGUUAGGGCGAUUGUUCAUGACAACAAGGAUGAUCAAUUUAAGACGUGCCACUCUAGGAUUGAUCCUCACAUGAAAUCAGUGGACGGCGUUUUUUAUGAACAACAACAUUCGACGGGAACAUUCAUGUUGUACUGGAAUACAUUUUACGAUAUUGAGGUGCAACAAAAAACACAUCCGUGUUGGCGGAGCGCAAAGUGUGCGUGUGGCGUGGCGGUGCGAGCCGGAAAAAAAGUGUUUAUGAUCAACAAGUGCGGCGGUCUAAAUUUCAUGGACUUUACGCAAUGUGGCGAAGGAGGCAUACUUGAAGUUAUCCCGUUAAAUACUGGCGAAUAUCGGAUAUUGACACCUAUCGGUACAAAAAUUCAAGUCUCUUUCUAUGGACCGAACAUUAAUAUCGAGAUUUUCAUGGCACCAAAAGAUUUUAACAAAACCAGUGGCCUCUGUGGUAGUUUUGAUAAUGACAUGACAAAUGAUCUCAAACACUUUAACAGUAAUAUAAUAACGAGUCAUCAAAUCCUGCACCCAGACAGUUUUUCAAACAGCUGGAACAUGGAACUAACGUCAGAUGAAAUAUUUAGAAAGAAAAACUUGUUUCAAGAACCAAAUCGUACAUUGGAAUAUUGGAAGACAAGGAAUCAGAUGUAUUGUUUGUGCAAUGGAACAGAAAACAAUUAUACUAACUCGGUGGCCGUUUGCUCACCGAAACAGUACCUAGACUGCAACGUCACUGGGUCAAUAACCCCAAAGAAGUGUCAUGUGAAAACUGGCUUUAGAAGACGUCGUGAAACCCGUUCACAUGACAAAGAACUGAAGCGGUUGUUUGUUCUAAUGAACAAUUCUCGGAUGAACAAACGUGACAUGUACAAGAGAGAGACAAACAACAUAAGUUUAGAAGAAGCCACACGUAUUUGCGAAGACCAAAUAAACGGGUCGAUUGCAUUUAACACUAUGGCGUCAAUGACAGUCAGUGAAAACAAGGAACACGUCAUUGCAGAUUGUAUAUUUGAUCUACAGGUAUCAGGUGAUCCACUUCUCGCAGAUGUUCAUGUCGAUACUGUCAACAAUGUUGUUAAGACAAUGCUGUUCAACCAGCCAUAUUUUGUAACUAACAACACGGAAGAUGUACAUUUGUUUUUGGAAGCGACAUGUCCAUUUAACUGCUCGGGCGCAGGAACAUGUACAUUGAAAAACGAAGAAGGUGUUUGUUCGUGCAAUCAAUUCUAUCAUGGUGCUGCGUGCACAAUAGAUGAACGUACCCCAGUGAUGAUUGAUGACAUCGAGGGUGGAGGAGAAUGUGACAUCUCUGAGGGAGAAGAUUGUACGUGCUUCACCAUUCGCGUGCAAGCUCUUCAUCCAAAUUUUAGAUGCAAUAUUACAACUUAUAAGUACGACAAAAAUGGCAGUGCACAUUUAAUCGAUUCAAACCAAGUAUUAGGCAUACAUGAGGACAUAUAUACAGGACGCUGUUGUGCAUUACAGGGUAUAAUCGAUAUCCAGGACGCAUAUUCUAUAUCAUAUACCAUAGCAGUCAGCAACGAUGGUGUAAACUAUGGGGAGGAAAAACACGCCUACGUAUACAACUCACUUUGUCAGAGAAUCGAAGAGCCAGAAAACAAAAAAAUCGUGCUGGUAGCAGCGGAUCUUGGUUGCUACAUUAAUGGAGGCUGCAUUGCUAAUGACCAGACUGCUGGUUUCGACAGUUGCCUAGCAUGCAAUGGGACGCUAGAUCCGUUUUCAUAUGCACAAGUGGUGUGCGCAACAACUACUUCACCGGACACUGCCACUGAACCGACCACAACUACUGUGCCAACCACAACUACAGUGGCGACCACAACUACUGUGCCGACCACAACUACAGUGCCGACCACAACUACAGUGCCGACCACAACUACAGUGCCGACCACAACUACAGUACCGACCACAACUACAGUGACGUCCACAAUUACAGUGCCGACCACAACUACUGUGCCGAACACAACUACAGUGCCGACUACAACUACAGUGACGACCACAAGUACUGUGUCGACCACAACUACAGUGCCGACCACAACCACAGUGCCGACCACAACUACAGUGACGACCACAACUACAGUGCCGACCACAACUACAGUGCCAACCACAACUACAGUGUCGACCAUGACUACAGUGCCGACCAUAACAACAAUGCCGAUCACAACUACAGAACCCAGCACAACUACAGUGCCGACCACAACUACAGUGCAGACCACAACUACAGUGCCGAUAACAACUACAGUGCCGACCACAACUACAGUGUCGACCAUGACUACAGUGCCGACCACAACAACAAUGCCGACCACAACUACAGUGCCGAUCACAACUACAGAACCCAGCACAACUACAGUGCCGACCACAACUACAGUGCCGACCACAACUACAGUGCCGACCACAACUACAGUGUCGACCAUGACUACAGUGCCGACCACAACAACAAUGCCGACCACAAUUACAAUGCCGAUCACAACUACAGAACCCAGCACAACUACAGUGCCGACCACAACUACAUUGCCGAUGACAACUACAGUGCCGACCACAACUACAGUACCAACCACAGCUACAGUGCCGACUACAACUACAUUGCCGACCACAACUACAGCGCCGAUCACAACUACAGUACCUACCAGAACUACUGUGCCGACCACACUUACAGUGCCGACCACAACUACUGUGCCGACCACACUUACAGUGCCGACCACGACUACAGAGCAUACCACAACUAUUUUGUCGACGACAACUGUGCCGGACACAACCUCGGUAACUGACACAACUGUUGUACCGCAGACAACAAACACGGUGCAGGACAACACUACAUUACUUGAUACAAAUUCAACUGCAAGUGGACAUGAAGAUCGUGCCUUUAUUACAUUUGUUGCAGUGAUACCAUCAGCCAUUAUUGGAAGCAUAAUCUUGGUUAUUGCAAUCGCGCUUUGUAUUGGUUGGCGACGAGUUCGAUCGAAAAAGCAAUAUGUGAGCAAGGCAGAAACGAUCACGGACCCUACUUUCCCGUCUCAAAACUUUAGUGUGUAUUCGGCCAGAAAAGAUAAUAAUACUUUACCAAGAUUUUUCCCGUCGCCUGCUUUUGUUACAAGAUACGGAACUAGAGAUACGGACCUAUGAAGAAUAUGAGCCCAUCUUCAUCAAAGCAAGGCUUUUGUUACUUGAGAUGAAUUGAAGACUGUGUUGUUGUUUUCUUAGCAUUAUUAUUCUUGAGUUAACUCUUCCUCUUUUUAUUUGAUCCGAAAAACAAUUUGGGAAUAAUGAAAAUCGCGAGUAAUGCUCUAAAAUACACAUGUAUGUUUAAGCCUUAUCAAACAUAAAGCCGGAUAAUCGUGUUUUAAAACAUGUUUAAAAUAUAAAUAUAAUUUCAUAUGGCACAUAAUGUACACAUUUAAGUUUUUGACAAAUAACUUCGAAGCCAUAUGUAUGUGUUCACGAAAAGUGAUGUGUCAUAAUAAAACAAAUGAAUGAUUUGCAAUACUGAAUUUCAAGAAUAAUAGUAACACAUGUAGGAACGUGAUUAAAUUGAAUGUUAAAAUAGAGUUAUUAAUGAGUGGUCGCGUGUUUCAGGAAGUUUGGGAUUGGUAUAAGAAAUGUAAAGCUAGGUAAAAGAUUAAUAAGUUAAUUUGCUGUCCUUGGAAAUACAAAACAGUCGCAAAAGCUCAAAUAAGGUUUUCCUAACAUUGUCAACUCAUCUCCAUUUAAUACUUUUUGCGCAUGCACAAUAUAUGUGGGCAUAAUCUAUUCAAUAAACAAAAGAAUUUUUCCCUCAGCCAUGAAUAAACGUUUUCAGUUACAACUUGGCAAACUUUGCGAUCGAUGAGGUAUGAUUAUAUUAUCUUCCUGUUCUAUCCAAACUUAAAAAUGUAAACGCGUGAACUAUAUAUAUGAUGAGCUUAAAGAAGCGCAAUUGAAACUACGAAGUAUAUACAUUUAUAUUUACUUUUUUAUGUUCCAAUAAUUUUAUGCCAAAACAGCACAAAAUACUUUGUAAACAAUCAAUGUAGCCAAUACGUAUUUCGGAAAAGCCACACAUACAUGUUUGCCGAAAGUUAAUUUAGUUGUGUCUGGAUGUGUAGGGGGGCCUAUUUGCUGUGUCAAUUGUUUUUUUCACUUGGGGUACAUAAAGGGCCUCGUACUUAUGAUAUAAUUUAUUUCCGUUUAGCCAAAGUUGGUUUCACUUUGUUUAUAUUUUAGGUUAAUAUACAUAAGUAACUCACGUGUAAAUAGUUAAUAACAAAUUAUUGAAAAUGCUGUUUUGUGUUUAAAUUAUCUUCGUCUAGCUAUAUGGCAGUUUUCAUGGUUUGUUGUAAGUUAAAGUUAAACACUUUAAGACGGUUUCAAACACUUAACCAUAGGAAUCUGCCCACACCUGUUUUUCACCUUAUUGUAUGUCUAAAAUACGUUUUAAGUAGAUUUUAACUCGCAUGUUAUUUUUUAAACUUUAACGAACGAUGAAACGCCAUAACUUAUUUCCGAUCUCAGUUUAUAGAAAUGAAUGGAAUAUGAAUGGGUAUCAUCCCGAUGGUAACAUAAACAAGUGUAAAAAGGCGCUGAACCGUUCGCUAAGAUAUACAUGUAUUUAACAAACGACUUAAAACUGUAUACAAUGUAAUCAGAUAUUUUGUUGCUAUUGUGUGAAUUUUCUAGUUGCUGAUUAAAAAUGAAUGGAU